AAUUUAUUUAAAAAAAUGUUUUGUGCAAAUAACCACCAAUUAUCAACAGCUAUUGGGUGUUUACCAACGAGUAGUUGUACAACUAAUUCUUCUCAACUUCCAAAAGUUCGUUAUGGAGCUUUUUUCUCUUCGGGAAUUGUUAAUAAUUUAUGUAAAGAAGAGGAUGAACAAGCAUUUUCUAAAAGAAAAAAUUUAAAAAGAUUAAUAAAUGAUGAAAAUAAAUUAAUUGUAGAAGAAAAAAGAGGAGGAGGAGGGUUAAGUAAAAGAUUAUUUGGAAAAUUAAUUCGGCUAAUUUCUGUUAAAGAAAUUCCAUUUUUGGCAAAUGUCAAAACAUUUCCAAGUCGAGGAGAAUCAAAUAAUGUUUCCAAAAAAAUGGCUGCUAGAUUGGCAGCAGCCCGCCGUCGUCGACAACAUUCCUCUCAAUCAAGUACUUUAUCUGGUUCUUUCGAACCAAUGCCAACAAUUGAAGAAGAAAAUGAAGAAAAUUUAGAAAAUAAUAAUAAUGAAUUAAUAAUUAAAGAAUUUGUUGAAGAAAUUAUUUUAAAUAAUAAUAAAAAAUCUUUUGAAUCAAAACAAAUAAAAGAAACAACUACAGCAACAAUUAUACAAGUUGUUGCUUAA